GAUUUUUAUUUACAGCUGUGCGUGCCAGCUGAGGAGUUGUUACCUAGGUUAGUGUAGUUAAAAUUGAUAACAGACUGAUGUGUAGUCUGGCAGAGAGUUGACAGCCUUCCUUAACGUCACCCUCAACAAACUAAUUUUAAAAAGAAGCUGCACAGAGUAUAAACACCGGCUUCAUUAGCCUAGGGUGCUUUAGUUCAUCCAGGAAAAAAAAGUUUGGCUUCUUACAUAGUAUAAAUCAGGUUUAAGAAUGAACUGCACCCGGUAAGAGUGCCAUUUAUUUGCAUGUGCCGUCUGCACAGGUUUAGCACCUAAUACAUUAAGGGACUUAUGCAGAUCAGGCAACGUAUUAAACACAUCCACAAAAUCUGUUCUGAACACAAUUUGCACAGAGCAGUUCAAACUUGCGGGUUGGUUCUAAGCGCUAUAAAGCGGAGAAUGCAGCAGGUCACCAUUAUCAUGGCUCACUCUGCCAGGACUGUAGAGCAUCACCCCACUACUGUGAUAAAGACAUCUGAAUCAUCUCUUUAACAUGCCUAAAGUGCGCUUGACUUCAACACACAUCUGAACAUAUGCCAGGUUAUAAUGCUCUUCUCUAUCAUUAGAACAUUAUUUGAUUACUUAAUGCUGCCACAAUCAAUUAAAAAAUGUUCACAGACACCUCUUUUUAAUAAAACUGCAGUUUACCGCUACUUUUAUUGGGCGGUAAUAGCCUAUUUGUUUUUUUGUGCUGGGCAAAUAGCACAGAGUUUUGUGAAAGAAGCUAAAUCUAUAAUGUGCAUAAUUUACACUCACUGAGCACUUUAUUAGGAACACUACGGUCCUAAUAAAUUGCCUGACGUGGUCUUCUGCUGUUGUAGCCCAUCUGCCUCAAGAUUUGACAUGUUGUGCAUUCUGAGAUGCUAUUCUGCUCAUUACAGUUGUACAGAGUGGUUAUCUAAGUAACCAUAGCCUUUCUGUCAGCUCGAACCAGUCUGGCCAUUCUCCGUUGACCUCUCUCAUCAACAAGGCAUUUCUGUCCUCAGAACUGCCACUCACUUGAUGUUUUUUGUUUUUGGCACCAUUCUGAGUAAACUCUAGAGACUGUUGUGUGUGAAAAUCCCAAGAGAUCAGCAGUUACAGAAAUACUCAAACCAGCCCGUCUGGCACAUGAUUGGCUGAUUAGAUAAUCACAUGAAUAAGUAGGUGCACAGGUCUUCCUAAUAAAAUGCUCAGUGAGUGUACAUAGAAAGGAGGUAUGUUUGCACAGAAGAAGAAGAAGCCUUUAUUCUGUCACACAUUAUAAUUCUUUUUUUCACAUAUCCCAGCUAAGCUGGGGUCAGAGAGCAGUGUCAGCCAUGAUACGGCACCCCUGGAGCAGAUAGGGUCAAGGGCCCAACAGUGGCAUCUUGGUGGUGCUGAGGCUUGAACCCCCAAUCUUCUGACACUGAUGGAAAUGGAUAAAUAUUUACCCCAAAGUGGCCCACUGCUAUCCCCAAACAUGACCGAUAAGAAGUAUCGUCGGGAAAGUGCCUCAGUGGUGGAUGAAUAUUUUGCAGAUGAGAAACCUGCCCCUUAUAGUCUCAACAUCAAUGUUAUCCUGCCUAAUACCACACACCUUCGCACAGGCCUUUACCGCCCAAACAAACCUCCAGUGCAUCAGAUCAAAACCGAGCCAGGGGUGGAUGAACCCUGUGGAAUUCAGGCGCUCCCCGAAUUUACCUCAGUCUUCAGCGUACCCCAGACAGUCAACAGCCUUUUCAUCAAACCUGACAUGACUGUCACAGACGAGCUCCACAUUGGCCCCCAGCAGCCAACAGUCUAUCAGAUGCCUGUCAGUAGUAGCGACCUAACCACAAUGACCUUCUCCCAGAGUCAGGCUAUAAAUGGAGUUGGUGCCUCGGGCAGGACGAUGCUCAACCUGAACACUGUAGCUUUGACAACGCAUUCUGGAGAGUUUGUCAUGCCUGAAACUUUCUACACUUCUCCCCAGCCCCAUAGUUUGCCUCCAUCACCCCCCAACUCCCAGCCCGGCAGUCCUGAGAACCAGGCAGAGCUUAUUACCACUGUUCCUCCUCCCCCGCUGUACCAGUCUAGAAUUGGAAUGAAGGUUGGACAGAUGACCUCUCACUCCAUGCUAAUGGCCCAUGGUCAGGGCAUACUCACAGGGCCCAGAUACAACCGACGGAACAACCCCGAGCUGGAGAAGAGACGGAUCCAUCACUGUGACUUCCCAGGAUGCACCAAAGUUUACACAAAGAGCUCUCACUUGAAAGCACACCAAAGGACUCAUACAGGUGAGAAGCCAUACCGGUGCAGUUGGGAGGGAUGCGACUGGCGUUUCGCCCGUUCCGAUGAACUGACGCGGCAUUACCGCAAACACACCGGUGCAAAACCCUUUAAAUGCGUAGCCUGCAGUCGUUGCUUCUCUCGCUCUGACCACCUGGCACUGCACAUGAAGCGCCACCAAAACUAAUGGACUACGCAUCCUUUCGUUUUCAAGUUUUAUAAUGAUUUUACUCUUAUGAAUAUUUCACAGUCAUUGACAAAUGCAGAUCAAAUUACCUAUGCUCAUAAAAGCGCUGCCCAUUCCAUACCAGCACUCAACAAAUUUUGAUUGUCUUGAAGAGGACUGGACAUUAUUAGAACAUCACGGCAAAGAGCCUAAAUAGGAUGUAUAGUACUGUAUAUAUGUUUUGUAUGCAUGUAUGUCUGUAGAUUAAUGUGAAAAAUGUCUUGAAUUUUAUACUUGACCUCCACCUUUUCUGACUAUAAUUUGAAAGUACAUUUUGUUCCUUUGCGACCAGAAAUGUCUUCAGAAUAACUUGAAAUGCAAUGUUUGAAUGAAUAAUUCCAAGAUAAUUCAUUGUUCACUUCUGGAUAAAAGUAACACUGUAGUCUAUAAUAUUUAUAUGGAAUUCUCUCCUGCCUCCUUCCAAGGAAAAUCUCAAGUUGUCUGCAUUUGGGUUACGAUCCAAAACUGAGCAACCCUAAUGUUUGCUUUUCUCAUAGUUCAGUAUCCAUGGAAACAGAUCUUUAUGGGACUGUGUAAAAAGUAUCGCUCAGAUCAGUUAAUUGUUGACAGUUCACCUCUUUGUAUGGCUGAUGUGUACAAUAAUAAGACAAAUUAGCUCACAAUUGCAUAUGGACAUCAAAUGUUUCAACAAAUGAACCCAUGCUUUAUUUUGAGUAUGUGUGCCAAUAUUUGAUAUGUGUUUCACAUGUAGUUAUUUGCAAGUGGAUUUUUCAUGAAAAAUUACAGAAUAUGCAGAAUAUUUUCAUGUCAAACUUCAUGUAGAUACCCUUCAAAACAUGAAAGAAGUCCAUUAAAGAAUGGACCCUGUUUCAACAAUCACUUUACAAGGUCACAAGAAAGUGUAGAAGACCUCUUUAUCCCUCACGUUCCUCAAGAACAAAUAUAUUCUGUCACAUAGUCACAUUUUAUACAGUGGCCUUUUUAAUGCCGUUUGUAACCCAUGUUGUGCGGUGUGAGCGACCACAGUUUGUAAAAGUUCUGAAGUUCCCAUCUGUUUGUGUCCUUUACUUAUGAAGGGAACUCUGUUGGAUCAAAAGAUUCUGUAUAUACUGUAGUUAAAGUAAAACUACGUGUAAAUACUUUUUUUUUCUCUCUCUUUGAAGCUGAUUUUGUGGGAUUUUAUUAAGCUUGUCUUGAAUGUGGGUGCAUUAUGUUUGUAGACCGUACAUACUUGGAAAAAGUCAUUAUCAGGUUAACGUUUUGUAUUUUCUUUCCUGAGUACACAGAAUUUUGAAAAUAAAACGAGUAAUCACAUUUUGUCCUAGAUUCUUUAAUAAU